AUGGGUACCAUUGUGAGAUUGGUGGAGAAAUAUAAGCCGAACCAGAAGUCUCAAAUAGGCUGUUUUAACAAUCUCUACAAAAGUGUCUCUGAUUUCACCAGGGAAGCUUGUAAAGGUAUGCUUUUGUAUCCGGAGAAGCAUUGCAGACAGCUUGAUCUUAGCACAGAUGCUGAUACCGAGUGCUAUGAAAGAUCUGUCAUCAUUACCGAAAAUAUGAAAGUGGAAUUUGCUUCUAAGGCUGUCGUCCUGAGUACACUUAGAGGACUUGGUUAUGAAAUCUUGACAAGCUGGAGAGGAUGUAUAGAUGUUGGUCAAAAAGAGGCUCUAUCUUUGCUUCAUUGCUUGCUCUAUUCAGAAAUUCCUUUGACUGAUGUCUUCUUGAACAAACAUAGCUCUUGUGUAUGA